AUGAGCGUUGCUCUUUAUAUCCCAGAACUGUGCGAUGCGAUAGCCCGAGAUGUCGCCCUCCGCCCUGCGGACUUAUGCAGUCUGGCGCUGGUUUCGCGCCACUGGCGCGACGUCGCCGAAGCAGUUCUGUGGGAGGAGCUGCCGGAUAUCUUGUAUCUCUUGUUACUCUUUCCGAGACCUGCGGGACGCGCGGAUCCGAAGCAGUGGACUCGAGCCAAUUCCGUUAACGGCAAGGAUCCGCGUCGAUUCAAAAUUAGUCGGGCGCUCAAGCCAUCAGACUGGGAUCCGCUCUUGCGCAAGUCUCUGCUUGUCAGGAAACUCACCGUGCUGGGAUCAAUACCGGGGAACACGCAAAAGAAGAUCAUUGAAUGUCCUCCACCCAAAGUCUUCUUAUCGAACAUUUGGUCCCUAUGUGUCUCUGCUCCCCCUGUAGGCGACACGAUAUAUCUCAGGCGGAGAUUCCUAGCUUCCAUCGUUCCGCUGCGCAAUCUGUCGUGCCUCCGCCUGGACUUGAGAGAGAUGCACACCAACAACAUCCCGCGCUUGCUCUCGUCCUGCCGGAGCCUUCAGGAACUCAACUUCGAGGCGAAUACUCGCCAUGUGCGCGUCGGCUUCACCGGGGAUCUGAUAGACGCCCUUCACGCCAUCAGUCGUCGGCUCGCGGUACUCAGGCUAUCCAUCACCUUCAAGUUCCCCUGGUCCGAGGCAGGACAUGAUAUCUUCCUCCAGCGCGUCUCGCGGUUCCCCAACCUGGUCUCCCUCGAGCUCAACUUCUUCGACAAUCACCAGGACGAUUUCAUGUCGCCCAUCGUGUACACCACGCCCGACUUCGCGUCGCUCGAGGAGCUCACGCUGCGCGGCGGCUACGCGCGAACCCUGCUGGACAUCAUCAGCUCGGCGAGCCGGCGCGCUAUGAGACAUAUAGAAGUACGAUUCUCCAGCCUGGACGGCGCGGAGAUCGAGCCCAUAUGUCGCGCGCUGAACGCGCAUUGCGUGCACGGCGCCCUGCGCCGGCUGUACCUGCAUACAUGGUCCAGCUCCGGUCAGACCGUGCUGCAGGCCUUCCGUCCGUUGGAAGUCUUCGACGCGCUGGAAUUUCGCUAUCUGGACUGGGUGUUCCCAUCGUCGCGCAGCCUGAUCGAGGCGAUCGAGACGGAGCAGGCGGAUUUUGUUGAUGCCGCGCUCGCAGAUAUUCCAUAUGAUCUACUGGUGUCGGUCAGUGAAGAUGUCUAUGACAGUCGUCCCUACCCGUACAAGCCAUCCAUACGAUUGAAUAUAGCCGCGCUGUGGCAGGUGUUGAGAGCAGAAGACUUCGAGGCCGUUCUCUUCUAUGCGACGGAAGCUGCAUGGUGGUUCAUCCCCGUCGCGCAUGUCCGUGCGGACAAAGCAGGCCGUAGCGAUGAUGCCGAGCUCGUCGGCACUGCUCUCAUACAGGCCACGUGGACGGAGAAUACCGACUGGCUUGCCUCUUACCCUAGUCUCAUGCAUACUGCACUCUGCAUCCCGGAACUAUGCGCUCUCGUCGCCCGCGAUAGCGCUCUGGGCAGCGCCGAUCUUGCGCAGCUUGCCCUUGUUUCUCGUACUUGGCGCGAAGCCGCCGAGGAGGUUUUGUGGGAAGAACUCCCGGACAUCUUGUGUCUGUUAAGACUACUUCCCGAUGAUCUAUGGUAUACUGAGAUAGAUCAGUCGCAAGAUGAAGUCUAUCAUAGCACGUACGAAAAAUUCAGGCGCGAGAUCAGACCAUCGGACUGGACGUCCCUCCUGCAAAAAUCAGGCUCGGUAAAGAUCCUCACCGUGACACACUUUCUGCCUGUGGACGUCCAGCAGGCGAUCAUCGAAUGCCCAUUACCUCCAAAUUUCCUACGUCGACUGAGCACGCUAUGCCUGACAACGUCCACGGACGCCACCUUCCUUGGUGCCCUCGUCCCGCUAGGCGCCAUCACAGCCGUACGCAUAGCAAAUCCGGGCACCUCCCUCUAUUCGUCGACAAUUUCUAUUUUGCAAAUAUGCCCGAACGUCACAAAUAUGACGCUGACGCUGCGUCUCAUAGGCGCCUCGAAACAGGCCAAGGCCGAGUCGUUGCUCAGAGCGGUGACCGAGACCAAGCAGAUUCGUCGUCUCUCGCUGAUCCUCACCAUGGAUUUCGCUUUGCCCUCGGACGGCUUCAUGCAUUUCAUGUCGCAGCUUCCAGCGCUCGCAGACUUGGAUAUCCGGCUCAACCGCUGCGAGGGCGCCAGAGACUACCGUCCUAUUCCCUACACAUAUCCCGGCUUUGCGAGCCUGCGAUAUCUCAAGCUGCACCGACUCAGCACCCAGAUGCUGGUUGACAUACUCCGUGCGUCUGCUCCGUGUCGUCUACAGUUUAUCGACAUCGUAUACUUUGCGCUUGAAGACGCGGAGAUCAAGCCCCUCAUUGACGCGGUCUGCACGUAUUGUGCGCGAAGCGCUCUGCGCCAGUUGUCUAUUGCUGCUUCCAACUAUUCCGGAGACCAUGGAUUACGACGCCUUGCGCCGCUAGGGACAUUUGAGAAGCUCGAGGUGCGCUUCAUGGACAAAGUCGUCCCGUAUACCUACCUUACGACCACCGCGUGAGCCGCGUGUGAGAUCGGCUGUUGUGUUACGAACAUACAGACCACCCG